AUGAAUCCACCCACCGCAACUAUCAACGGUAUCACAAUCCGAAACCAUGGCAAACCCUACGAAGCCAUCUCACCCGAACGAUCUGAGUUAUCGCAAGCUGGUCGAACAGUCCUUGUCUGCGGCGGUUCCACAGGCAUUGGCCAUGCAAUUGCACGAAACUAUUGCAUUGCGGGUGCAUCAGCCGUCAUCAUCUUAGGUCGCCGUGGUGAUGUUGCCGAAGAGUCCGCUUCCAAGCUGGAUGAGGCUUACGCCGGCACCAAGGUGACCUGGCGUACCUGCGAUCUGUUCAACAAAGACCAGGCCAAACAGCUUUGGGAUGACUUGGAGAAGGAAAAGACUUUGGUUGACGUUCUUAUUGUCAAUGCUGUUGGCCAGCCCGAGCUUAAGCCGAUCCUAGAGCAAGGCACGGAUAGACUUUGGCAAGACUUUGAGAACAACGUCCAUGCUCCUUUAUACCUCGUUGAAAGAUUCUAUAAGCAGCCGGAACACACCAAGCAAAAGUUUGUUGUGUCGGUGUCAACUCAAGAUAUUCAUCGUUGGGACAGCGCGCCUCAGAUGCCUGGAUAUCAACUGACCAAGAACUCCUUUGCUGUCGUCUUGCAGCAGAUCGCUCGUGACACGCCAGAGUCCAGCAUGCGCAUCAUCUCAUUCCAUCCAUCCGUUGUGUUUACAGAAGCAGCAAAGAAGGCCGGAUACACCGAGGACACUCUACCUUGGUCAGAUGAGAAUAUCCCUGGUGGUUUCGCUGUCUGGGCUUCUUCUCCAAAGGCGGAGGUCCUUCAUGGUCGUUUCGUCUGGUCUACAUGGGAUGUAAACGACCUAGUAUCUGGAGAUCUCAGGAAGCAGAUUGAAUCGGAUCCUUGGCUACUUAAAGUUGGAGUGAAGGGUUUAUAG